UUUAGUCAAAGUAUCAAAAUGGCCACCUCCUUAAAGACUUUCGUUACGUCCUUCGUAGGGAAAUUAAAUUUGUCUUUGAAUAAUUUGCGUGCUGUAAUCUACUUAAUCAACGGAAACCGUAAGUUUAAAACCUAAAUACGAUGCUCUUAUUUAAUAAUGAAACUUAUCAAAACUAUCAUUUGGACUACUAAACUGAAAUUUGCAAAAAUUAAGCCAUUUUUAUUUAUUUACUGUUACUUUUACUUUACAUUCAUUCAUUUAAGUACCGGGGUAAUUUAAGUAGGAUUAAAUUACUAGACUACUAGUGUCAGAUUAUUAGUAUUAUUAAUAAUGGCUGCGGCUAUUCGGAUCCAGGUAUCACUAUCAUAAGUUAGAGGUUGGGUGUUUUAAAAAAAUAUUAUUGUAGGACUUGUAAGACAAAAUUUGAUAUUGAUAUGAAAUGAAAGAUAAUUGAAUGGACUAUGACUAUGACUAGGCCUAUUAUAUGAUAUGUUUGUAAACUUACUUCUGAAAACUUCUUCAGUUUAACUAAAAUAUUAAUAAUACUAAUACUAAAUUAACUUAAUUCUAAAUACUACCCCAGCUUCUAAUUUUGGUGCAAAUAUGAAAAAAAAAAAAGUUCCAUUUGAAUUGAACUUCUUUACCCUCAAAUUGAGUCAAAUACUCAUCAAGGAGUCAGUUUUAAAAUAAGCCUAUAAUUAUUAUUAAAAUUAAAUCAAAAUAUUUUAACUAGGCUUAGUGAAUUUAGUGUAUAAUUAUCUAGGCAUAAAAUAAUACUUCAGGGACUGGUUAAUCGUCUGUCACAGUUUGUGAAGAGUUUGGACUGACAGUGACAGUCUACAGAAAACACAUGUCAUGAUGCAAGAAGCACUGUCCCCUCCAAUCAAAUAUAUUGAGGGCCAUAAUCUGUCGGUUGUUGAGCAUUUCACAUACCUUGGAUCCAAUAUUUCUAUUUCUCUCUCCGUUAAUGAAGAGAUAUAUAUCAGGAUUGCAAAAGCAGCAGCAACUAUGGCUAAACUGAAUAAGCAGGUGUGGAAUAAUAUCAAUCUAACUGAAAAAACAAAACUAAGUGUCUAUCAGGCAUGUGUGCUUAGUACGCUCCUAUAUGGCAGUGAAGUGUGGACCACAUAUACCAGUCUUGAGCGGAAACUCAACAGCCUCCAUCAAUGAUGUCUGUGUCGCAUUUAACGCAUUCGAUGGCAGGUCAAGGUGCUUGAGAACACAGAGGGCUUGGAACGUGCAAAAAUGUUUAGCAUAUUCUCCGCUCUUAGCGAGAGGCGCCUUUGCUGGUUAGGCCAUGAAAGGAGAAUGGAGGAAGGCCGUAUCCCAAAGAUGCUGCUGUAUGGAGAGUUGGUAGAAGGGACAAGACUUGUUGGACGGCCAUGCCUGAGAUUUAAGGACGUUUGCAAAAGUAGCAUGAGGGAAGCCAACAUUGAUAUCAACAAAUGGAAGAUCAUUGCCGAACAACAUUCCAGCUGGUGAACAGCAGUGCAUGAAGGAGUAAAAAAGGCAGAAGAUGCGCGAAACGAAGCCCUUGCAACAAAAAGAACAAUACAGAAGACCAAACAUAACCAGGAAUCAAUUUUCUCCUGCGAGAAAUGCAGUCUAGAUUGUCAUUCCAGGAUUGGCCUAGUGAGCCACUAGUCGAAGUGUAGGACUACAUAGCUACUCCAUCGUCUUGCGAAGACGGAAGGAUGCCAUAUAAAAUAAUAAUAUGAUUUACUCAUUAAUUUAAUUAAACAGUAAGAUAGGCUUUGGUGUUGGCUCAAUGUGUAUAUAUAUAUUUGUGUAUAUAUCUAUCUAAUAAAUUUAUAUUAGUUUUUAAGGGUUUCUAAUGUCCACUCCCUAUUUGAGUUGGUCAUCACUGAUACAUUUUGGAAAAGAUUAUUGUAAUGUUUAUCAGCUAACACCUUAUUUAAAGAACAGUAACAUGAUGGCUUUCUAUUGGUAUGCACUAUGCUUCUUAUCAGAGUAGUUAAAUGUCUAAUGCAAUCUAUAAAUACAGGCAACGAGGUUUGGUAUAUAAAGAACAUUUUUAAUUCUUUAAACAGAUCCACCUCCAGCAUUUGCAGUUACAGGAUGUUAUACAGAUUUGACUGCUUCCCAAAAGGAUAAUCUUGAUCAGAAUUCUGCAAAAUCAUUAUUGGAUUCCAUAUUUGAUGGUAUUUUACUGGCUGUUCCUAAACAUAGGAGAUCAUUGGAGAAGAGGCUUUUUAGGAAGCAUCGCUUUACGAAUUUCAUGGAAUAUGCUACCCCCAAAACCACAAUUGUUCCGUGCCUGGAGUGCGGGAACUUCAGAGAGAAAGGACACCUUUGUAGUAAGUUUCUUAUGUUUAAAAUAAUUUAGUUUCAAAAAUAAAUUUAUAUUUAUAAAUAAAGGGAUUUAAAUAAAUUGCAAUAUGGCAAAUCAGUUUUGAAAGUUAUAUUCUCUUUAAAUAUUUAGUUUUUUUAAUUCUUCUCAAACAAGUUAAAAGUCCAUUUCAUAAAAAAAAAUUCAACAAUCAGAAUAAAUAAACUAGCCAAAACAACUUAACUCUAAAUUGAAAUGAUUAUCUUUUCUUUCUGAAUAUAGAGCAUUGCUAUGAGAAAGUGCAAUUAGAAACCAAAGAAAUGCAAGCAAAAAUGGGAGAUGACUUACAGUUUAAUGUUCCAAGACAGGAAGUAGAGAUUGUCUAUGCAGGAGAAAGUGGAAGUGAUGGAAAAUUUGUAGUGAAUAUGGAAAAGCAAAGACCGAGCUGGUUUCCCAAGAAUUUGUUAAAUAAGACUGGCUCAUAAAUAAUUUAGUUUAAUUAAUUAACAAGCCAUGUAAUGAUUUGUUUUUGGAAUAAUUAAAAGGUAUAUUAUUUAAUAGUAAUAAUAGUCAUCGUUUUAUUAUUCUUUUAAAAAUAACUGAAAAUUAUUUGUUGAUUUUCCAAAAUAUACAUGUUUAAUUUAUUGUCUGUAACACCAUUAU